AUGAAAAGGACGCAUUACUUUUGGAAGAUGAGGACUCAAAUGCGAAGCAGAAUAAAGAGAUCUGCACAGCAUUCUAAAGUGGUUCCUUGGAUGCGCAAAACGCAAUAUAUUUCAUCAGAAUUCAACAGAUUCGGUGUAGCAGCUGAUAGGCAAGAAAUCAAGGUUGGAUAUAACCUUACCAAGAAUAAGGAGAACUUGAAUAUCUUCCGCGACAGGCAAAGCCAAAUCACCUUAAUCACGAAAUCUUUCGAGGACAGCAAAGUACCGAUUCGGAAACACUUCACAAAGAAAGGCGUCACCGCCGUGGAGGAGAUACCCAUUUUACCAGAUUUCACGCUUUGGAAAUAUCCUUUCGCAGUAGUGCAGUUCGACGUGGAUCCUACUCCAACGAAUUUCGCACCUGAGCUUUGCGACAGUAUGGUCACGCAAAGUUACAUCAAGGGGAUGCAGGACGAUGAUGGCGAGCAAUUUGUGGCACAUUUUAUUCCGACGGUGGAAACCCUACAGAAGACACUUAAUGACAAGGAAGAAGGUCGAAGUUUUGAAGAAGGAGCAGUAUACGAACAUACGUUAAAUCGCGAGUAUACUUGGACAGUGAGAAUAAAAAAUACGAAAGGCUUCGAACGCGAUAACUACUUCGUAUACUACAAAGAUGGAUGUUUCCAUUAUAAUGAGCUAGAAACUAAAGUACGGCUGGCACGACGGCGCCGCGCAACUCACGAAAAGCCCAACACGCGUUUGAAUAUUACAUAUACGGUCCCGACUGAGGUUGAAAUGCAACAGAUGACGAGUAGAAUGAACUCUUUGCCUCCGAAUGACAGGCAAUCAGCUACAUUUGUAGGAGAUAGUUGCUUUGGAAAAUGCGACAAGGCAUCGGAUAAGUCUGACCACGAAGAGCAGCCAGAGAAGGAAAAGAAAAAGAAAGUUGAAUCGGGUGGUUCAGAAGGCUCAAAUAGCGAAAAGGAGAAUAGUACGGAUAACGAGAAGGAUAAAGAUGGUGAUAGUGAUGAUGGUGAUAGCGGUAGUGAAAAUAAAAAGAGUGAAAGCGAAAAGGACAGUACGGAUGAAAGUGACUGA